CAGAUGGAGGCAUUCCCGCUGUUUGUAAUGUCGAUCAAAUAUCUGAAAGAACAUCUUCUAAAGGCGGUUGUCAAUCAAAAUGUAGGAAUCAAUGAGGCGGAUAUAGUGUAUGUAUUGACCAUCCCGGCUAUCUGGGAUGACAAUGCGAAGAGAUUUAUGAGGGAUGCAGCAGUUGCAGCUGGAAUCGACACAAGUCGCCUAAAACUGGCAUUGGAGCCUGAAUGUGCCUCAAUCUGGUGUGAGACGCUGAAUACGGGCACCAAGGACGCUGUAAUGGUUCAAGGAGCACAAUACAUGGUGGUCGAUCUCGGAGGAGGCACCGCAGAUAUAUCUGCUCAUGAACGAAAACCAGAUGGAAGCCUGAAGGAAAUCCACAAAGCCAGUGGGGGUCCAUGGGGAGGCAUCUAUGUUGAUGAAAAUUACAUGAACAUGUUAAAAGAACUUUUUGGAGAUAAAGCUUUUACCGACCUCCGAAAGACGGAAAUGAGCGAUUAUUUCGACAUCUCUCGGGAAUUUGAACAUAAGAAACGAUCAUUUGACCCUGAUAAAAUAAAGCAGAUAACUGUUCGUAUGUCUGCCUCACUGAGGGAUCUUGCGGAAAAAUAUUCAUCCAAAUCUUUGGAGGAACGAAUUGGGUCCUUACAAGUGCGGGAAAAUGCUAUCACUACGAGAGGCAAAGACAAGCUGAGGAUAGAUUCAACAAUUGUCCAAUCAUGGUUUAAAAAACCAAUCGAUCUGCUGAUCCAGCAUAUCAAAUCUCUUUUAGCAGAACCAAAGAUGAAAAGCAUUCAAACCGUUAUUCUGGUAGGCGGUUUCGGUGAAAGCCCUUACGUUCAGGAGAGAAUGAGGAAUGAAAUAUUAGGCAUAAAGCUGAUCGUACCUGCUUGCGCGGGCCUCGCCGUUUUGAAAGGCGCCGUGAGGUUUGGACACAACCCCGCCAUUGUCUCCUCUAGGAUUAUGAAGUACACGUAUGGGACAGCGGUGUUUGACUACUUUGAUGAAAAGAAGCAUCCAAAGGAGAAGAGGGUUCGGCUGAAUGGAAAGUGGCGGGUGCCUAAUUGUUUCUCUGUGUACGUACGAGUGAACGAAGAGGUGCGAGUGGAUCAACAGGUGACCAGGAAGAGUAUUCCUACUAGUGAAAUAUCCCACACACCUGUGUACAGGACGACACAGGAGAACCCAGAGUACACAACAGACCCCGGAUGUGAACUGCUCGGGACGAUCGAACUUGAAAACAGAAAAGAUAUUCCGCUUGAACAGCAGAGUAUCGAAAAUACGUUCAUGUUCGGCGAUACAGAACUUCUUUUCAAAAAGACGAACAAUGGAAGGGAAUCCUACAUGACCUUUCAGUGCUUUAAAUAA